AACGCAAAGACAAGAUCUCUCGCCACACACCAGUUAAAGUUUGUGCGCUGUGAGCUGGCAUGGAUUUGCCCGAAAUACAAAUACAUUCACCGUAGAACGAAACAUACAAAAAAAAAUACGUCAUUUAUCGCGCAUCGUAGUCGUAGCCAUUGUUCCUUGUCAUCAAAAAACACAGUGAAGUGUCUUUUUCACAGACAUCAAAUUUCAAUAGUGGAGAAAAUAGUGAAUUAUAAUUUUUAAUUAUUUUCUAAGUGUAUCAUUGUUUAAAAUUUAUUUAAAACGCGUUAUAAAUAACCGAUCUUAGUGAAAAUGUCGGCUAUGAGUCCUGAAUAUGAUUACUUGUUCAAACUUCUCUUGAUUGGUGAUUCUGGCGUCGGCAAAUCAUGUCUUUUGCUGCGAUUCGCUGAUGAUACAUACACAGAAAGCUAUAUCAGUACUAUUGGCGUUGACUUUAAAAUUAGAACCAUCGAACUUGAUGACAAAACGAUAAAGUUGCAAAUAUGGGAUACUGCUGGUCAGGAGCGUUUCCGAACCAUCACAUCGUCUUACUAUCGUGGAGCCCAUGGUAUCAUCGUAGUGUACGAUUGUACAGAUCAAGAAUCAUUCAAUAAUGUUAAGCAAUGGCUGGAAGAAAUCGAGCGCUACGCAUGCGAAAAUGUGAACAAGCUGCUGGUUGGAAACAAAUGCGAUUUAACUACAAAGAAAGUGGUUGAUCAUACAACGGCAAUGGAAUAUGCCAACCAAUUGGGAAUUCCAUUCCUUGAGACAUCCGCCAAAAAUGCAACUAACGUUGAACAGGCUUUCAUGACUAUGGCUGCCGAAAUCAAGAAUCGCGUUGGACCACCGUCGAGUGCAACCGAAACGGCUAGCAAAGUGAAAAUCGAUCAAGGUCGUCCGAUUGAAAACACCAAAUCUGGGUGCUGCUGAAUGGGCCAAUACCAACAGCAUAUUAAUAAAAAAAAAGAAACAGAUUUCCUUCACUUUCCCCCCAAAAAAAAUUAUAUUUAAAUUGAUGAAACCAGAAGAGAAAAAAAUGGAUUCCCACAUUUUGUAAUUGAAAAAGGAAAAAAAAAUUAUUUAAAUGAAGAUAAACAAACAAACAAAAUGCGAAAAUAAUAUCGAGAAAAAAAAAACCAAUUGAUCCAUUGCCGCAAACACGUUCACCAUACUACACAGACACACAUACAUAUACACAAUACGAUGAACUCAGCAAUCACACACGAGACAAAGAAUAAAAUAGUAAAAAAAUAUUCACAACGGGAUCAAUUUCAAAAUGAAAAUGAUGAAGAAAAAAAACUUACUAAAAAAUAAUCAACAGAAAAAAGCGUGUGUACGUUUGAAUAUAUAUUCGGAUAAACGAUUAUUUUUUUUGUGUUUCUUUUUCUUUUCUUUUUUCUUUCAACCACUUGAAAAAGGAAACAAAAUUAGGUGGAAUAUUUCGAUGAUUUGAUGUAGAUACACAAUAAGAGUAAAAAAAAAAAAGAAUAAAGAAAAUAAAACAAUUUUUCAUUUUGAUUUAAAUAACAUAAAA